AUGAAUAAGCUUCCACAAGAGCUUGUUCUCCACAUCUCCUCUCACCUAUCCAUCCCGGAUCUGUGCAGGUUUCGCCUCGUUAAUCGUAGUCUCGCUGACACAACGUAUCCUGGCAUUAGUAAACAUGUUUCACUGCUCAACAUUUCUUCGUCUGCGGAGGAUUUCAUCCUGCACUUUACAGAUCGUAGGAAGUCAUCGUGCACAAAGUCUUUGACCGUCUAUCACGGGGAGUGGCCGGUAUGUUCGCGAAAGGAAUGGCAAGUUCACCCUCUCUCCCUUUACGAAAUUCAUCCGCGGGCUUUCUUGGACGCUGCCAUAGACGAUGUUUAUGAGCGCUAUCUCCAUUUCACAUCUCUGCAAUGGGACAGGCCCAACCUCAAAGAUCCCAGUGCGUUUUACGAGCUCCUUUCAACGCUGCCACAAGUCAAAUCCCUUACCUUGUCUCCUUUGCGCCUGUCAUCUCGCCGUUGUUGGUCCAUCAACAAGAGGAUUGGUCGCCUGAGAAGCAACAUGUGGAUUUCGCCUUCUUUUAACGACUCGAUGGCGCCUCUGAUAGGGGCAUUCCUUUCCGUAAGCGAGAGAUUCCCUCGCAUCAAAGAGCUUAUCGUCAAAGGCAGGUUGAACCCACAAGACGUCUCUCUUACAGCAGACACCUGCGUCAUCAGGCUUGAAAUUGUCUCUCUAGUGUCCGUGGGUGCUCGAUCCGAGGCUUUCCUUGCCCUCAUCCACCGAUUUCCCAAACUUGAACACCUGAGUGUCAGACUUGAGACGGCGAACAGUAUUCAUGUGCCAACAUCAGUGCAUGGCAUUCAAAUCCAAAGCCUACGCAGUCUGUUCCUCGGAAAUCUGUGGAUAUCUGAAACGUGGUUGACACGGAUCAUUGACCAAAACAGUUGCAUGGGUACAGUCGGGCUUACAGAUAUCACAUUGACAGAAGGAACUUGGCAAUCUUUCUUUACUCGCCUCAGAAACAACAGCCGCUUGUUGAACUUCACCUGUAACGGUGUUCUAGAUGGAACAAGCCUAGACUGCCCUGCCCUCGUGAUGGAAGACGAUAAGAGGCAAACUCCUGCUCAGAUCGACCCAUCCUUGGGUUUCAUGAACCUGCCGCCUGCGGAGUAUCCGCACCUUGAUUUGAAUCCGGAGUAUACAAUCCCAGGCCCAUAUCCAUAUCCACAAUCACCGCUCCACAGCCGUUUCAGCACCGAGCCGGAGGCAAUUCCGAGAGUAUCCGCACCCAGUCCGAGUGAGCAGGACCCAGUAGCUGUCUCCUUUGGAUGGCAUUAUGCUACAGAUGAACGAGCUUUGCAACGUUCUUGCUAUAUCAUGAAGGAGAUUGCGAAGGGAAGAUUAGCAGAUCCGUCCAUGGAUCCAAUCUUAUUCCAGGAUAUUAUGAGUAUCCAUGAUCAGACACACCCAGAGAAGAUGUCUGUGGUGCGUGAACUGUUCUCUCGCGAUACCGAGGACUUCAGAAUCCCGUUUCGUUACCUUCACGAUCUCUUCUGCGCCUGGCGUUCCGUUUGUCACAUCAAAGUCCAGAGUUCUCAAGGUGUUAACUUCGUCAUUGAAGACUACGAUGCGGAAAAGAUCCUCAUGUGUGAAGCCAUAGUGCGGUCUGUACUUCGAGGCAUACUGAAACAUAUUGAGUCGAUCAAGGAGGACCAGGUGUUGAAUUUGAGCGGAGAACUGUCGUAG